AUGGAGCUCACAUUCUUGAUUGGAAAAGACGGGAGGAAUGUAAAGCGACCGCAAUCUCACCGCGCAUGCUCACUGUGCCGCCGGAGAAAGAAACGAUGUUCUCACAACCCAUCGUGUCUUCGGAGAUCGUCUCCGCGGACUCCAAAGCAUCUGCAUGUCAUCCCGCAAAGCGACCCGUCGUCUGAACAGACAUCGCCGCUCAGCAAUACCGAGCAGGAGCUUACCAUUUCCUCACGGACCAGUGUGUCCGAAGCACAUACUGCUCCCGAGGAUCUGGACCUUACUGGCCGGCAGUUUAUUUGCGAUACCAACCCGGUUGUUGGUCUGUUGGAAGAUCGAGGAUCAAGACUCCACAGAGGCCGAUCUGAUCGCGGAGACGUGGGAGCGUGGGUAGAUCAGAGCCAUACUUCCAGUCCCGGCGCUGUUGACCGGAACUCUCCGCUUCUUGGAGGACAGGACUUGGACAAUCAGCAUCAUGUCGGCGAUUCGAACCCAGUUGUGAGCUUACUUGACGGUAAGCAGCCGGGGCUUCAGCACGGCCAUGCUAUGCAUGGAGUAGUAGGUGCCUGGUUCGACCAACGCACUAGUUCUUCCCUGCGUAAUGGGGAUAAUGAGCAAAGGAGCGAACAAGAAACCUCAACUAGUUUUGGUAGCCCAGCAUUGCCUCCAAGGGGUGACAUGGAAGCACUGCUGAACAUAUACUUCGAUCGCAUUCAUUCAUUACUGCCACUGCUUGAUGAAGAUGAGAUACGGUCACAGUCUGCGCUCGGCACAUUAUCUAUCCCACUGCUGCAGGCUAUAAUUCUUGUUGCCUCGAAAGACCGUGCCGCGACGCCUUUCCUCCGGCUCGGGUCGGACACGGCUGUUCUACGGCAGGAGAGAUUCAGCGAGCGUAUCUACAACGACAUUUUGAAGAACAUGCCCAAGAAAGAAGAAAAGAAGCGAAUACUUACCCUUCAAAUCCUGACUCUGUUGUCGCUGCACGAUUGGGGCACUGAUGGAGCAGAAGAAUCCUCGCUACACCUCAACCAGGCCAUCCACCAUUCUGAGACAAUCGGCCUGCACCACCUAGCGACUCCAGAAAGACAGACCAAAACAUCGCUGAAAGCACUGUUCUGGUGCCUGUGGAGCCUCGAUAAAUGGAAUGCCGCUAUCAAUGGGCGUACUAUCAUGAUCAACGACUGCGACCUGAGCCACGGUGUCCAGAGUGCGAUCCCAAUGUUUGAACCGCCAUUUCGGGUCUGGCUCCAUCUUGCGGACCAGCUUUCCAGCGUGAUCAAGGCAUAUCGUCCGAUCGCGGAUGGGGCGAGGAGUGACGAAAUGGAUGUUCUCACCUUCGAAGAGCUCAUUGAUCGUUCCGUUGCGUGGGACAUACGGCCUGAACUGCUUGAUUCAUUCGAAUUCUAUCACCAUGCUGUCGUCUUGCUUUCCACCUAUUCGAAUGGCCUACAGGGGCGCUCGCAUAGCCGAGCCUCGAGCAUCCGCCACAGCCAUUCAGUCUUAACGCUGGCAUCCCUGUGCCGGGACAAGGAUGUUAGAGAUCUAUCGCCCUUAUCAAUGUCAGCGUACACACUGUCUCUUGUCUUUUCGAUAACCUACAAGCUCUGUAAAACGUCAAAGCUGCGGAGUGUGAGGACUCAAGCGAGGCUCAACCUAGAGAUGUUCUACACGCGUCUUAAAUGCCUGAGCUCGACUUGGUGGCUCGCUGCGAUUAUGACCAGUCUCGGAGGCCGCGCAAUGGAGAACCUGGACCGUCAGUCUAGGAUAUUGCCGGAUGCCUCUGAUGAAGUCGAAACCCCGGCAUCACCUCGUUCUAACGGUCAGGUGUCACCUGGGUAUUCGACUACGCGGCCAUUGAAUACUCAAAUGCUCGACAAACCCGCCAGUGCCGUCAAUAUCCAUGAUGGGUACCUUCACGAACAAGCACUACCACCAAUGGGCCCUGAUUCUUUUGAACUUGCUACUCUUGCAGGUGCCGACCCUGAGACUUUUGACAUUUUUCUCGACAACUUCCCGGAUGUCAACUUCUCCUGCGCUGCGAGUGAUCAACUGUUUUGGGACAUGGAAAUAUGA